AUGGCGCAGGCAGUAGCCCCCACUCCCACGUCCCCUUUGUCCAACUGGAACGACGACAGCGGAGGAGAGACGCCAGAUUGGGAAUGGGAAUAUAUGAACGCGGACCAGGCGGUGGAGAGGAGAGCCUCCAUCUGUGUGGUGUGCAACAGAUCCAAGAAGCACCACAAUCACCGUGUGCUUCCUGUGGAGGAGGCUUUCCAAGAGUACAAGGAGAAAAUCCAAUCCUAUCUGCAGCUCAUAAAGAUACAGCGAAUGAAGGUUCUGGAUCAGAAAACUGCUGAAAAGCUGAGAGGCCAGAAGUGUCUGGCCCAGCUGGAACAGGAGAGGAAGAAGAGCUUGUCUGCCUUUGAGGAAAUGCAGCAGUUCGUGGAGGAGAAAAAGCGCUCCUGGUUGGCCUGUCUUGGAGAUCUGGAGGCGAAGUUUAAAGAGAGGCAGAAAGGAAAUGUUGCCAGGCUCUCAAAGGAGAUCACCAGCCUCAGUGAGCUGAUCGUAGAGAUGGAGAGGAAGUGCCAGCAGCCAGCGAGGGAGUUCCUGCAGGACAUCAAAAGCACUUUGAACAGAUAUGAAGCAACGGAAGGCAACCAGCUGGCAGAACUUCCCUCGGAGCUGGAAAAGACCUUCAAAAUAUAUGCCGAGAGAAGCUCAGCUCUGGAAGCUUCUGUUAAGAACUGCAAAGUGAACAUAACUCUGGAUCCAGACACGGCGCACCCCUGCCUCAACCUGCAUUGGAAUCGGAUGACAGUGACAAAGGAAGACAGAUGGCAGAACUUGCCUGACAAGGCUGAGAGAUUCGAUAAGAAAAUGUGCGUGCUGGGCUGUGAAAAAUUCAGUUCGGGAAGUCAUAAGUGGAUGGUGAAAGUGGAGGGGCAUGGGUCUUGGGCUGUGGGGGUGGCACGAGAGGCUGUCGAAAGGAAGGGGGAAAUUGGCCUUAAUCCUAAUAAGGGGAUCUGGGCUCUGGAGAUGCUUUCAUCAUCUCCAUAUUACUUCUCUCAGAACUUCUCAGCUCUGACUUCCCCAAAGAAGACCGUUUUGUCCCUGCAGGGGGUGCUCAAGAAGAUCUUGGUGUCCCUAGAUAUGGAAAAGAGUCAUGUGGCAUUUUCUGAUGCAGAGACAGGCACAGAGAUCUUCACUUUCCUUUUGGAAUUCUCCUCCGGGGAGAGAAUCUGUCCCUUUUUCUGCGUAAAUUCGGGCACACUGAGUCUGAAUGAGGAACCCCGAUCCUCGGGGCGGUGA